GCGGCGUCGCGCGCCGCUUCCGCGAAUGUGGAGCUGCGGGAUGGCUUCGCUGCUGCUGCUGCAGCUGGCGGGGCUCGGCGUGGCGCUGGCGGCCGCCGGGCUCAUUUUGGUUUCUGUCAUUGCAUUUAUAACUGCUACAAAAAUGCCACCAUGUCACCAACAUGAAGAAGAGAAAUUCUUUCUCAAUGCCAAAGGCCAGAAGGAAACUUUACCCAGCAUCUGGGACUCACCCACCAAACAGCUGUCUGUUGUGGUGCCUUCCUACAAUGAAGAGAAACGGUUGCCUGUGAUGAUGGAUGAAGCCCUGAACUACCUAGAAAAGAGACAGGAACAGGACCCUAGGUUCACUUAUGAGGUGAUAGUAGUUGAUGAUGGCAGUGGAGACCAGACUUCAAAGGUUGCUUUAAAAUACUGCCAGAAGUACGGAAGUGACAAAGUGCGAGUGAUAACACUGGUGCAGAAUCGCGGGAAAGGUGGCGCUGUGAGGAUGGGUGUAUUCAGUUCCCGAGGAGAGAAGAUCCUCAUGGCUGAUGCUGAUGGAGCCACAAAGUUUCCAGAUGUUGAGAAACUAGAAAAGGGGCUGAGUGAUCUCCGGCCAUGGCCUGAUCAAAUGGCCAUCGCUUGUGGGUCUCGAGCUCAUCUGGAGAAAGAAUCAAUUGCUCAGCGUUCCUACUUCCGUACUCUUCUUAUGUACGGCUUCCACUUCCUGGUGUGGUUCCUUUGUGUCAAAGGAAUCAGGGACACGCAGUGCGGGUUCAAAUUACUAACCCGAGAAGCAGCGGCCCGGACCUUCUCGUCUCUGCACAUUGAACGAUGGGCAUUUGACGUAGAACUGCUGUACAUAGCACAAUUUCUUAAAAUUCCAAUAGCAGAAGUUGCUGUCAACUGGACUGAAAUUGAGGGUUCUAAGUUAGUUCCAUUUUGGAGCUGGCUACAAAUGGGCAGAGACCUGCUUUUUAUCCGACUGCGGUAUCUGACGGGUGCCUGGAGGCUUGAACGAACAAGGAAAAUGAGUUAGUUUGCUGUCCAGGCUGGACUACAUUUUUACCGACCAGUGUCAUGCAAUUUCACUUGAAAUCAGGAUUUUUCAAUAAAGCUGCAAUGGGCCCAUUCUCACUAUCCGCCUUUGUAUGUCCUUAAGAAUUACCUGCCACGAGGAAACCAUGAGAUGUCUUUUGGGACAAAUAAAUUUUUAUGUAUUUGUGUCAUAAAUUA